UCUAACCUUAAUUUUUCGGGUAUUUGUUAACAUAUUAUACUGGACUCGUUUUCCAAUUUAUUUUGUGUACAUUCUCUUAGUUAAGUGUUCUCGGAUUAUAAAAUGUGUCGUGAAUGUUAAGUUCUUUUUAGCAUUUGGAAAUUAUUAAUGCAAUAUGAAGUUGAACGUUUCUUAUCCAGCAACAGGUUCUCAAAAACUUUUUGAAGUUGUCGAUGAACAUAAAUUGCGUAUCUUUUAUGAAAAACGUAUUGGCACUGAAGUUGAAGCUGAUCUCUUAGGAGAUGAGUGGAAAGGAUACAUUUUGAAAAUAUCUGGCGGCAAUGACAAACAAGGAUUUCCCAUGAAACAAGGUGUAUUAUCUACUGGGCGUGUGCGUUUAUUGUUAUCUAAAGGACACUCCUGCUAUCGUCCACGACGAGAUGGUGAACGUAAAAGGAAGUCAGUUCGUGGUUGCAUUGUUGAUGCAAAUCUUAGUGUUCUUUCUCUGGUAGUUGUCAAAAAAGGAGAACAGGAUAUUGCUGGUUUAACUGACACUAAUGUUCCACGUCGCUUGGGGCCUAAGCGUGCUAGUAAAAUUCGUAAAUUAUUUAAUUUACAAAAAGAGGAUGAUGUUCGUAAAUAUGUGAUCAAGAGACCUUUGCCAAUUAAGGAAGGAAAAACUAAACAAUAUUUUAAAGCUCCUAAAAUUCAGCGUCUUAUAACUCCAGUUCGCUUGCAGCGCAAACGUCAUAAGUUAGCAUUGAAAAAGAAACGUUGCUUGAAACGUAAAGAACAAGCUGCAGAAUAUGCUAAGCUUUUAGCACACAGGCAAAAGGAAAAGUUGGCAAAGAAACGAGCAGAACAGUCUCGUAAACGAACACUUUCUCAAUCAUCUGUUUCUAGCUCUGGUACUAAGAGUAGUAAAAAAUAAAUGUGAAUAAAUAAAAAAAGGCACUGUUUAUUCUUA